AUGCGCUCCCCCAGCACGCAUCUCCACGCCGGUGUCCUAACCCCACCUCCUCUCAGCCCCCUUCUCCCCGGCCCAGUUCCUCGAGGGCCUCGACCGCCCCUCCCCUCCCCCUCGUCGCCAGGUCGCGGCGGCGGCGGCAGCGGCGGUGGCGGCGGCCUAAGGUCCAACGACGAAUUCUGGUCCAUGGGCGGCAACCGCGGCGGCUGGCGCGGCGGCGGCAACAAGCCCGAGCCCAGGCGCGAGCCGGCCGCCGCCGACCUGAUCCGCAUGCUCGCCGCGACGUCGUCGAUGGGCAGCAGCCAGCAGCAGCAGGCGCAGCGCACGGCCCAGGCGAGGGCCGACGCCGCCGAGGCGCUGCGCGCCAGGGACCAGAACAACGCCUACGUGCGCCACAUGCCCCGCCGCUGGGCCGCCGGCGAGGUCUACUCGCCGCACGACCUGUCGCCCGAGGAGGUCGGGCGCUACUUCAAGCGCGAGCUCAAGCCCCGCUUCGAUGUCUUUGACGUGCUCGGCUUCAACCCGCUGGACAACUACGCAAUCCCACAAACACAGCAAAGCAUGACCGUGCACACGUCCCAAGCCAAGGGCUAUCAGCUUCGCAUGGCUCUUUAUGUGUGCAAAUAUCUCCAACGGCUCUGA